AAAGACAGCAAACCUCCCCAGCGCUCCUAUUGCGGAGGGGAACUGUAGCGUUUGGGGUGGUAGCUGGUAGGUAUGACUAUUUCUCCUCCCGGCUGGGUUCCAUGCAUUUAAUCCCAUUCCCGCCCCGCCCCGCCCCCCAAACUGCUUUGCAAUAUACAAAGGAAAGGCUGCAAACCCCAGCUCCCCACUGCUAAGUGUUGAAAAAGCUCCUCAGAAGUUUGCUUCCAGUUUGCUAAGCCUGAAACUUUUUUUUUCCCCCCUUCUCUCUUUCCCCCCUUCCUGCUUUUUGGGAUCAGCCCACAAGUGACUGGCUCUCCGGUGACGCAGUGUCUACUCUGAGGCUUUCUUUGAAUCAUUAGCAGACACGCAGAGACACUUUUUUUUUUUUUUUUUUUUUUUUGGUAUUCCUCUCCUCCUUCUCUCUCUUUCCACCCCCCUCUCCUUCACCCCAGCCCCUCCAGCGUCCUCCCCUCCUGAGCAAGAGGAGGACAGAAGGGAGAAAGCAAUUACCAAACUCAGGAGUUCUGCAAGGAGAGAAGGCGAGAGAGAGAGUGUGUGGGGGGGUGGGAAAUCCAGCCUCCAUCCAAAAAAAAAAAAAAACCAAACCAACCCAGCCCUUCAGAAAAACCUCUCCCUGGGCAUGAAACUCACUAAUCUCCCCUGCUCUGCAUGGCCACGGAUGCUGCAAUGCACAUUCUUCUGUCUCUUGAGCCUUGAUCUGGGACUCCGCGCUGCUCACUCAGAUUCCAAGGUGUUUCUGAUCUACAACAGCAGGCUGCAGGGCUGCUUGGAGACCAAGGACACCCUGGUGAAGGUCUCCAAAGCCUGCAACGUCAGCGCCCCAGCCCAGCAGUGGAAAUGGGUCUCCCGGAACCGACUCUUCAACCUCAGGACCAUGCAGUGCCUCGGGGUCUCCUGGCAAGGCAUCAACUCCACCGCGGCGGUGCAGUCACUGGCCACCUACGAGUGCGACCGCGAGUCCGUCAACAUGAGAUGGAGCUGCCGGAGCUUAGGGGAGCAUCUCUCUCAGUAUCUGAAUGCCAAGGCAGGGAACCUCUCCCUGGCACCUGCCGAGAGAGGAGAUCAGGCACGCGGUGGGCAGUGGAGUGUCUAUACCACCCAUGAAGAUUUGUGCUCCAGCCCCUAUUCUGAAAUUUACACCAUCCAAGGCAAUUCCCACGGGAAGCCCUGCACCAUCCCUUUCAAGUACGACAACCAGUGGUUCCAUGAUUGCACCAGCACGGGCCGGGAGGAUGGGCAUCUGUGGUGCGCCACCACGCAGGAUUACGGCAAAGAUGAACGAUGGGGCUUCUGUCCCAUUAAGAGCAACGACUGCGAGACCUUCUGGGACAAGGAUCACCUGACCAACAGCUGCUACCAGUUCAACUUCCAGUCCACCCUGUCCUGGCGGGAGGCGUGGAGCAGCUGCGAGCAGCAGGGUGCCAAUCUGCUGAGCAUCACGGAGAUCCACGAGCAGACCUACAUCAACGGGCUGCUGACGGGCUACAGCUCCACCCUCUGGAUUGGGCUCAAUGACCUGGAUAUGAACGGGGGCUGGCAGUGGUCAGACAACUCGCCCCUGAAGUACCUCAACUGGGAGAGUGACCAGCCUGACAAUCCCAGCGAAGAAAACUGUGGGGUGAUCCGGACAGAGUCCUCGGGGGGCUGGCAGAACAGGGACUGCAGCAUCGCACUGCCUUAUGUGUGCAAGAAGAAACCCAAUGCCACCUCUGAUCCGUUCACGACAGACUCUUGGUCAGAGGUGAAGGUUGAUUGUGAGCCUACCUGGCAGCCCUUCCAGUCCAGCUGCUACCGGCUGGUUGGCGAGAAGAAGAGCUGGCAAGAUGCGAAGAAGAUCUGCUUGCGUGGCGGCGGGGACCUGGUGAGCAUCCACACGCUCUCCGAGCUGGAGUUUGUCACCAAGCAGAUCAAGCAAGAUGUUGAGGAGCUCUGGAUUGGCCUGAACGACCUCAAGCUGCAGAUGAAUUUUGAGUGGUCAGAUGGGACGCCAGUGAGGUUCACAUACUGGCACCCCUUUGAGCCCAACAACUUCCGAGACAGCCUGGAGGACUGUGUGACCAUCUGGGGACCGGAAGGGAGGUGGAAUGACAGCCCGUGUAACCAGACACUGCCCUCCAUCUGUAAGAAGCCUGGCCGGGUGAGCCAGCGGGGAGAGGAGGAGGAGGACCACGGCUGCAGGAAGGGAUGGAAAUGGCACAGCCCCUCCUGCUAUUGGCUAGGAGAAGACCGUGUGACCUACAGUGAUGCACGGAAGAUGUGCAUUGACUAUGGGGCCACCCUCGUCACCAUCACCAACAGGUUUGAGCAGGCGUACAUCAGCAGCCUCAUCUAUGGCUGGGACAGUGAGUAUUUCUGGACGGCGCUGCAGGACAUCAACGAGACGGGCGCUUUCCGCUGGCUGAGUGGCGACGAGGUCAUGUACACCCACUGGAACCGUGACCAGCCCGGUUACAACAAGGGUGGCUGCAUCGCCCUGGCCACAGGGAGCUCCAUGGGGCUAUGGGAAGUGAAGAACUGCAGCACGUUCAAGGCCAAAUACAUCUGCAGGCAGAACCUGGGCACCCCAGUGAACCCCGAGUUACCAGCCCCAUACCCAACGCCCAGCCUCACUGGCUCAUGCCCCCAGGGAUGGAGCUCGGACCCCAAGCUCCGAUACUGCUACAAGGUGUUUAACUACGACAAGCUGCAGGACAAGAAGACCUGGAUUCUGGCCCAGCUGUUCUGCCGUGAGCUGGGGGCGCAGCUGCUCAGCCUGGGCAGCUACGAGGAGGAGCAUUUCGUGGCCAACACCCUGAACAAGAUCUUUGGCGAAUCGGAACCCGAGAUCCAUGAGCAGCACUGGUUCUGGAUUGGCUUGAACCGGCGGGAUCCUGGAGCAGAGAGGAGCUGGAGGUGGAGUGACGGCCUUGGGUUUUUCUACCACAACUUUGACCGCAGCAACCACGAUGAUGAUGACAUCCGUAACUGUGCGGUGCUGGAUCUGGCAUCCUUGCAGUGGAUGCCCAUGCAGUGUGACUCACAGCUGGACUGGAUCUGUAAACUGCCCAAAGGUGCUGAUGUGAAGGAGCCAGAGAUCCCCACCCAAGGCAGCAAAGAGUGGGUGAAAUAUCAGGACGCAGAAUACAAAUUCUUUGAGCAUCACUCGACCUGGGUGCAGGCUCAGCGGAUCUGCACCUGGUUUCAAGCCGAACUGGUGUCUGUUCAUAACCAAGCCGAGCUGGAUUUUUUGGGCCAGAACCUGAAGAAGUUCUCCAGGGGCCAGGAGCAGCAUUGGUGGAUCGGGUUGCACACCUAUGAAAACGACGGGCGAUUCAAGUGGUCCGACGGCUCCCUCCUGAACUUCAUCUCCUGGGCACCGGGCAAGCCGCGGCCGAUCAGCAAGGAGAAGAAGUGCGUGUACAUGACGGCCAGCAGAGAGGACUGGGGGGACCAGAAGUGUCUAACUGCUCUGCCGUAUAUCUGCAAACGGAGUAACACCACUGCGGUGAAGCCCUCUCUGCCACCACUGCCUACUCCCGUGCCUGGUGGCUGCGCAUGGGGUUGGAUCCCAUUCAUCAGCAAGUGUUUCAGCAUCAAGGGCCACGACAAGGCCGAGCAGGUGAAGUGGCAGGAAGCGAAGCGAGCAUGCGAGAGCCAGGGCUCUGUGCUGGCCACCAUCUCCAACCACCUAGAGCAAGCUUUUAUAACAUCCAUCCUCCCCAAUGUGACCUUUAACCUUUGGCUCGGCCUCCACGAUGCCAAGCAGGAGUUCCAGUGGGUGGAAUCAGAACCUCUCCGAUACGUCAACUGGGCCCCAGGGGAGCCCUCUGGGUAUGGCACCUCCACAGUGAACGACAAACCGACUAACUGCGCGAUGGUUUGGCACGGCUCCCCUCCCCACUUCACUGGCCGCUGGGACGACAGGAACUGCCUGGAGGAGAAGCAUGGCUACAUCUGCCAGCGUAGCAUAGACCCAACUCUGAGCUCAUCCCGGACCAGCUAUCCCCCUUCCCCCAACUCCCCGCUCUCCUACCUCAACAGCACCUACCGUAUCCUGCAGAAACCCCUGAAGUGGCAGGAGGCCCUGCUGCUGUGUGAGACCCACAACGCCACGCUGGCCAGCGUGCUGGAUCCCUACACCCAGGCCUACCUCACCCAAGCCAUCAGCAGCUUGCGGGCCCCUCUUUGGAUCGGCCUGGCCAAUGAGGAGGGAGGCCGGAGCUAUUCGUGGUUCACGGAAGAGAGCCUGUCCUAUGUCAACUGGCAGGACGGGGAGCCUCAGCAGGUCACGGGCUGCUCCUACAUGGAUGUGGAUGGGACGUGGCGGACAGCCGGUUGUGACACCAAAUUGCAAGGGGCUAUCUGCAAGGUCAACACAGGGUCCCCCCGGUCACACAAGUGGAGUUACAGUGGGAGCUGUCCCAAGUCAGUGGAGGAUUCCUCCUGGAUCCCCUUUAGGAAUCACUGCUACACUUUCCACAUGGAGGUCACUCUGGGGCAGAAGGACGCCAUAAAGAGAUGCCAGAAAGCUGGUGGCACGGUGCUGUCCAUCCAGGAUGAGACAGAGAACGUGUUCGUUUGGGAGCAUCUCCAAGCCUACGAAAGCCAAUCCAAGGGCGCCUGGUUGGGGAUGACGUUUAACCCGAAAGGAGGCACCUUGGUUUGGCACGACAACACAGCCAUGAACUACUCCAACUGGGGCCAGCACGACACUGGGCCCAGCAUGCUCAGCCAGAACAGCUGCUACUGGAUCCAGAGCAGUAACGGGGUGUGGCACCUGGGCUCCUGCUCUAAUGUCACCAUGGGGGUCAUUUGUAAGAUUCCCCGAGUUGAGGAGAGCAGCUUCUCCCGAUCAGCUCUCCCAGACAACACGACUGCCAUUGCCGUGGUUGUCCUCUCCGUACUAGCGCUGUGCGCUUUGAUCACCCUCGCCAUCUACCUGUACAAGCGCCGGCGGAGCUCCGAGCGGGGGGCCUUUGAGAGCGCCCGAUACAGCCGCACCACCUCCAACCCCAGCGAAUCUGCCGAGAAGAACAUUCUGGUGUCUGACAUGGAGAUGAACGAACAGCAAGACUAAUGGGGGGAGUUGGGGGGAAGGGGGAGGGGCUGAGAGCACCAGGCACACUUAUCUCCACACCAAAUACACAAGGUCAGCAAAGGACAACAGCAGAAUCACUGCAGCUGGAACAGGGAAGAAGAGCCAAAAGGGGUUUGGGGUGGAACGAGGGCCUUUGUCACCAGGAAAUCAAACACGGGGGUGCUAGCAGCAUCUCCCUCUCGCAUCCCCUGGGAGAUCAGCAGGGUUUGCAGCACCCAUGGGAAUUCAGGGGAAGGCAGUCUCUAGGCUGCGGCGGGAGGGCAGAGGAUCACCCAGUUAGAGCCUUUCAGAGACCUACACAGGAGCCAAGGCACCUGCGACCCUGAGGUACUAAUAGCCAUGAGCAUUUAGGGCCAUUUUGUUGCUCUCUGGACUGGCUCCCCUGGUGGCCAGUGGCCUCGUGGCCUGGACUGGCUCCCCUGGUGGUCAGAGAGAACUUCCUCCCAGGUGAGCAGUCUCUAAAUCCAACCCUUCCCCCUCCACUUAUCCAGGUGGGAGGGUUCCCCACCCCUCCCCAAGCGUCUGGGUCUGAGCUAUCUUCAUCACACCUCCCUGGGUUACUACAGAACAGACCCUUUCUGCAUCCCUCUAAGUUAGCAGAGCAUGGCCACGGCCCACGUUCCCUCCAGCAAUGGCAGGGUGGGCAUCCCACUAACUCCCCUGGGAUCACACCAGAGGCCGUCCUUUCCCAUCUCCCCCCGCCAGAUACAAAGGUGUGAGCACUCCCUUCUCUUCCAGCACUGUGUCUGAUUGGGGUGUGGGGGAGGCUGCAAGGGAAUGGUUUUCCACUUAGCCUUCAUUCCCACCCUGCCGUUUUUCCUGCGACUUCUCAUCAUGUCACAGUGCAAUUAUAUUUAUUCCAUUAGGGUGUCAGAGACGGAAUCCUUUGCCCAUCCCCAUCCCCACUUCUCCUUUCCCAUGGACUCAAACAGAGCCACUUCCACCAUGCCUGAAUGAUUUAGAGAACUGGAAGAUGAGCUCACCCGCUUUGUCUCGUGUGCCAAUAAGUGGCUUAUGCCCAAAGCUGCUAGGCUACAGUGUGGGUCUGAUUGCAGAUUUCUGACAGGAAGCUCAGAGUAAGGAAUGAAAGGUCCCUGACUCUAUAAAAAUGUUCCUGUGCCAGAUAUGGACUGGCUACAGAGCUUGCUUACACACAGCAGAUGUGUUCAUUAUAUGUUCCUUUAAUGCUCUGCCAGAGAUGGUUGACAUGCGUUUAAAUCAGGUAUUUUACACACACUGCCAUGUGGUGGCUGAGCAGUGUAACAGUUUAUCAUUCCCAUGACUUCACCCCCAUUAAGUUCUACAUUCCUACUAUUUACAAUAUUUAAACUAUCACUUUGUGUUUGAAGUUCAGUACAUAUCAGUCUGUUAAUCAGCCUCCGAAUCAUACUGUUCUUCUAAUUACACCACUCGAACAUGUAACAUUUGGUCAUCUGGCUGGCUGUUAGUUGCAGCAACUAGCAAUGGUAGGUUUGGAAUCUUUGAGGAGUCAUUCUGCAUCUGCCAUGUGCAGAGUUGCUCUGUUGAUUGUUCUUUCUGAGGAACAGACCGUAGAUGCCAAUAGUUUCUGUUGAACUCUCCACUGUUGGUCUCGGUCACACAUGAUCUGGGUGCUGAACUCUUUUUCUUUACGACAACCAGACUUGCCAAUCAUUUUUCUCCAUCCAAUUUGACGUGAACAGUCACCAGGUUCUAGACCUGGCAGUUCUCUGAGUGACGUUUGUUGUAAAAGUGUUCAUAAGCUCUUUUAGCCUUUUUAUCCACUUUGGCUACUCUCCAUGUGUGGCCACUUUGGGAAUAUGUUCUUUUCCAAAGUUGGAACAGAAGUUGUGAGUUGUCUUCCCAUCAGGAAUUGUGCUGGACUGUAUCCAGUAGCUGUUGUUGCUGAUUUGUAACUCAGAAAAGCAGUGAAUGGAUCUUCCUGCUGUAGGACUUUCCUGUCUGCCUGUAAAGCUCUAUUAUCUCUCCAUUCGCUUGUGGGUAAAGUGGGAUACUAGUAAUAUGAUCAAAAUCAUAUUUUGUUUGGAAUUACUUAAAUUCUGCUGCAGUGGAUUGUGGUCCAUUGUCCAUCACUAGUUGACCUGAAAUACUGAAGUGAGCAAAAGUGCACUUCUGUUCCUCGAUAACACUGCUACAUGUUAUGUUUUUCAAGUACAUUAUUUCUUUAUAUCUGGAAAAAUGGUCCACAAUGACCAGGUAAUGAUGUCUUCUGAAUUCACAUAAAUCUGCAGCUAGUCUCUUGCCAAGUCUGUCUGGUCGAGAUGUUUGUACGCUGUAUGGUUCAGCAUUGUUUCUUAAGUUGAUUUGUUCCGGAUCGCCUCCCAAAAGUCCAAUAUCGUCAAAUCCUCCAUUGAGUUCUUCUACCUUUUUCACUAGGCCUAUCAUGGCUGCCCUGUUGUUUCUGUGGUGAACUGGCCCAUGCAGUUCAGAAUACUGCCAGGGCUAGUCAGAGCUGUGUCAGGUGACUUGAGCUCUGGGAGGUGUGGAAGGUGAUUGUAUGUCUCUUCUGAGAUGACUGUGACAUCAGCUCCUGCAUCAAUUUUAAAGUCAAUAGUCUUACUAUGAAUAUUCAGUUUCACUCUUCAAGCAGGUUCUGUGUCAUCACAAGUGGUAGAUCCCAGAAACCAUGGCUCUUGAUUGUCUGUAAUAUGAGUCACGUCCCUGACUGCUUUGGUGCAGCAAAUAGCUGGAAAGUGUCCAUAUUUCCUGCAUUUAUUACACCGUGUGCCUCGGUUGGAUGUGCGUCAUCUCUUGGGAUAUGACUUUGUCCACACCGUGUGCAUGUUGGCUGGAAUUGUCCCUCUUAGCCUGGAAGUUCUUUCUCCCUGCCUCAGGGGUUUUGUGAUGAUGGCUUUUAGCACUCAAGUGUCUUUUUACAGUUUCUAAGCCAGUAGGUUUUUCAGGUUUGUCAACUUGUUCUGGGUUUUGCUGUCUCACCAGCUCAGAAUGCUUUACUUUCUGUAUAGCUGUGGCUAGGGUUAAAUCUCUCUUCAAUUGUAGCUGCUGUGAAAGGUUUUUAAUCUGUUAACCCAAUAGCUAGCCUGUCUAUGAUAUUUUCAUGUUUUGCAUUUCCAAAAUCACAGUUUUCAGCCAUUGUAUGCAGAGUUCUGAUAAAGCAUUCAACAUUUCCCCCUGAUUCUUGAAUUCUCUGGUGAAAACAAUGCUGUUUUGUAAACCAAUUUCUCUGAGGUAUAAAAUAUGCCUCAAACAUAGCCAGAACCCUUUCAUAGUCAUCUUUGUCUUCAGUAAAGUCAAAGGAUUUAAAGAUAUGUUCUGCUUGUUUCCCCAUAGCAUAAAUUAAAGAAGAUGCCUGUAUAUCAUCAGUUUCCUUGUAGAGCUUGGUAGCAAUGUGAAACUUGCAAAAUAUUGUUUUUAGUCUGUCCAUUGUGAAGGUUUGUCAAAGCUGAAGUUCUCUGGGGCAUUGAGAUCUUGCAACCUUUGUUGCUUUGUUCUUUCUAUUUGAAACCUUUGUUGCUGUUUUCUUUCUGUUUCUAUUCUUAUUUUACUCCUGUCACCAGGUCAUGUUCUUCUGUACCAGAUAUGGCUACAGAGUUUGCUUAUACAUGCCAGAUGUGUUCAUCAGAAGAUCCUUUAAUGCUCUGCCAGAUAUGACUGAGGUUCAUUUAAAUAAGGUAUUUUACACAUAGCGCCACCUAGUGGCUGGAAUGCAGCCGAUGAAGUGAGCUGUAGCUCACGAAAGCUUAUGCUCAAAUAAAUUGUUAAUCUCUAAGGUGCCACAAGUACUCCUUUUCUUUUUGCGGAUACAGACUUACACGGCUGCUACUCUGAAACCUGUAUAAUACAGUUUAGCAUUCCAGUACACUCACUGCUCUCCCUCUUCCAAUACCCAGCCGCAGAGCUGCCAAACUGAUAGUCUCAGUCUCUCUCUUUCAAUCUGUUCCCCUCCAUCCCCAGCACGGACCAUUCCAUACAGCCAUUCUGCUGUUAAUCUCUGCUGACUUUCAGAUCAAUCAUGUUUCUUGGGAGAAACAACCCAGAGCAUUUAGUUUGUUUUCUGUUGUGUUUGGAAUUAGUUGCCUCAUUCGGUCUGUGAUAAAAGUGGGGUGGGCUUGAUUUUGGAUGUUGGGUCUUUUAAAAGGAAAUGAUAGCUUCUCACUAUACUGUAUUGAAUGCGUGCUGAAUAUAUACCUUUUUUCACACAGAUGGCCGGGGAAUUUGUGGUUGCCUGUUUCAUGUGUUAAGUAUAGCUAGGAAGGAGGAAGGCAAUGCAUGGCCAAUACCCUUCUUUCAUGCUUUUGAGCUGUGCAAUAAGAGAAGCCUGAGUUUCCUGGGGAAGAAGCCAGGAAUGGAGCUCAGCUUUUCCUCUCCACCAUCUGGCUUCAGCGACAAACGCUUUGCCAGAGUUGGGAUACCAGAUGACUGGAGACAGCGAGAGACAUUCAGCCCUUGAGGGGUGAUCUCUGAUAGGAAUGGGACAUAAAGGAGGCCGUCAACAUCUCUGGAGCGAGACAGCAUGCCCCUGUAAGAGACAUUUCAUUUUAGCCCUCUGCCUCCGAGGCUUGAAUUUUUGUUGUUCUAAAGACAAUGGGAAAUAGCUAAUUUUCAUUACUCUAAUUAUUAUGGCACCUGUAUGAAUUUUAAAAUUUGUUGAUUUCACUUAAGCUGGAAAUUAAGUGUUUGUAAAACUGUUUUCAUGGGUUUUUUUUUUUUAGUUUUUGUAUUUUUGGUUGGUGGUGUCUAAAAUCUGCCAUAAUAGUCCACAAUGAGGGGCAAUUUACAGAUAAUGGAACUGCCCCACUUCCAUUUCUUUGUUGUGGCUUUCUCUGUGCUUAUUUCCCGAGGAUUUGUCCAAUUCAGAGCUGUUUGUUUGUAAGCAGACUCGGGGGCGGGGGGGGGGGACUGUGUGGCUCAGCGGACGAAUGCACUAGCCUUUCAGCUUUGAAGAUCUGGGUGGAAAAACCUGAUGAGGAUGAAGAUGAAUGUGCUGAUCUCAUCCUAAUCCCCAGUGGGCAUUUAGGUACAUCACACACUCAAAACAACACUGUUAGCAUUAGCAGCCUCUUCUCUAGGGAUCUUCCGAACUCAAAUAGCAGGAGGGUUGCUUAGUCUAAAUAGAGGUCUGCUGGCAUAGCUGUGGGGGGCCCUGGGCUGGAAAAGAAAGGUGGUUUGGGGCUGAAGAGCUCAGAAGGGUCCCUGUACUGAAAUAGCAGGGGAUUACAGCACUUUUUUAAGGGUUUUUUUAGGUUUCUGAUCAAUUUUUUUUCUUUCAAGGCAAAAUAACAAACUCAGAACUGCACAAUCUAGGGGAAAUUCUGCGUGGAAAGAUUCAUGUAAUCAGUUGACAGUGAUUGGGAUUACCAAAAAAAUUCAUACACAGUUAAAUGGUAUUUCCUAUCACCGUUAAAAUAAUGUGAAGAAAUGUUUAAAAGGACCCUAACCCUAUCAAUUAUAUGUGGGGAGGGGAGGGGUUAACUCUCCAUGUUUUGUAAGAUCCUUCUAGAAACUUGGAAAUAAAAUUCCUUUCCCCAUCAA